AUGGGAUCAGGGAAGAAAUUCAAAUGUGCCUUGUUUGAAAUCCUGCAGUUUUCAGCCCUGUGCAUCCCUGUUUUCAUAGUCAUUCAGAGGUUCGCCUCCAUCAUCAAGCGGGUUAAGAAGGCACAGGGGCAAAACGACGGGGAUGCAAACACUGCUUACUGGCUUAUUGUGGCUUCCUCUAUUGCUUAUGUCACAUCUGUGGCCUUGAUUAUCUGGGUUCCUAUGAAAUACAUGAUAGCCAAAAAAAAGUUUUUCAGUGAAAGGAAGAAGUGGAGACCAAUCCUUCUGGUGUAUGUGAUUCUCUCAACAUUGCCCUGCUUUGCAUUCCUAAUAGCCAGCAUGGAGGUGCAGAUAAACAGUAACUUGGAACUUCAUCUGUACGAUACCCUCACUGAGCUCCCUGUCUCCUUGGUUAUCUUCUCCCUGAUUUGCGUAGAUGUAAUUGAUAGACUUCGGAAAUGUCAUCUUACAGGGCAAAUGCAAGAGACUGAAAGGGAUGCUGGGAUUCCUAGUCCUACUCUGACACAUCUGGAGCAAGUUCCAACUGUAUCUGGGCAGAUUGAUGGAAAUGAAAACGAAAAUCAUGGAGCUACAAGAUUAGCAACCAAUGGAUCUGUGACAGGGGGAACAGCACCGGAGAAUCGGGAAAACCGUUACAGCAUCUCAGGAUACAGCUCCCACACAGCAAGCUCCAGUUACUACACAACACAGUACACACCUCCUGGGCAUCUGAAGUUUUUGUCCACUAAUGAUGCAAGGGCAGAAAUAUUUGUUGAUUGUUUUGUGUUCUGGUUUGAUACCAUAGAGCUGGUGAGAGUUGCUGGUCUUCCCCAGGUUUUCAGGUCUGGAUGGGUUUAUCCAAUAUAUAUCUUUAGCUAUAUUUCUCUAUUGAGGUUGAUUGUGAAACCCAAAAAUCCCGUUCUGAGUUCCUUGGGAGUGUUUUUGCAAGAUAUUCCCUUCCUCUUCCUCCGAAUAGGACUGAUUGCAGUAUUUGGAUAUGUCACUCCUGUGAUAUACCUUUUUAAAAAUCUUUUGGUAUUUUUGGCUUUCAUUUAUUUUAACUUCAUGACAAAACUUAAGCUCUUCAACACUGAGAGAAUGUUCUAA